AUGUACCUGCUGUCCAGGGACCCCAAUGUGCAGAACACCCUUUAUCAGGAGGUGUCCCGCUGCAUACCAGGAGACAACAUUCCAUCUACUCAAGAUGUCAACUGUAUGCCACACCUCAAGGCUGUCAUCAAGGAAGCACUAAGGUAAGAAAUGUGGAAGUGGUUGUGUACGUCACUUUGCUCUAACACCAUUUCUGAUGUACUUCCUGUUCUCCAGAAUGUACCCUGUUGUCCCCCUGAAUGCACGCAUCAUGGCAGAGAAUGAUGUCAUCAUUGGCAGACAUUUUUUCCCCAAGAAGGUUAGUCUAUCUUUAGGGAAACAACCAACUUUCAGGGACUUUCAAGUACAUCUUCACUUUACUGGCGUAAAACUGACCCAACCAUUAAAACAAAACAACAUUUGAAUUCAUGUAAAUCAUGCCGUUGUUAGGAUAGUGCUGUAACAAUUAUUUCCCUCUCUGCUGUCUUGUGUCUCUAGACUUUGUUUACAAUAUGCCACUAUGCCAUCAGCCAGGAUGAAAAGACAUUCCCAGAACCAUCGAAGUUCAAGCCUGAACGAUGGUUGAGGGACGGCCGAGUCCGACCAAACCCCUUUGGCUCUAUCCCAUUUGUUUUUUGGGUUCGGGGCUGCAUAGGUCGUCGGAUAGCUGAACUGGAGAUGUACCUGGCUUUGUCACGGGUAAGAGCAGUUUACAGAUACAUUGCACUACACUAUUUCAACCAAUAAUAGAUUGUGUAGAGCGGAUUUUGCAGUAGCACAGUUGACUUGGUAAAGAUAAAAGAGGAAACCGGUCGAAGUAAAAGUUUUAAUACAGAGCUUUCAGGGUACAGGUAGGGCUGUUGCAGUGACCGUAUUACCGCCACACCGGCAGUCAAAAGUCAUGAAGGCAGUCAAAUUCCAUGUGACCGUUUAGUCACAGUAAUUAGGCUUCUCCAAGCUCUGAUGCUGCUGAUGGUCAUUAGUAGCCUACCAAACUUGCUGACUGCCUGGUACUCAGAACUCUAUUGUCCCUCUAAUCACUCUGACAUCAAUGCAAAUGUAAUCGAAAAUCUAAUCAAACACUUCAUGAGAGCCCAUGAGCUCAUGAUGCGCAACAUUUCUAUAGGCUAUGCAAUUGUGAGAGAAAACAGAGUGAUGGCCUCUAUUAAAAAGAGGAGGAUCCCAUCAGCUUUCUAUAGGCUAGGCCUACUAUAUUUAUUUCUCAACUUUCCUAAUAUUAAGCACAUUGCUUAUCUUUACAACAGAAGUAUAGACUACCUGGCUGGCAUAAAAAUGAACCAAGGGAAAAGCAUCCUCCAUUUGCUAUUUAAGUGCAUAGAUGACAUGUAUUUUUUCCCCUGCCCCUGUUUCGAGACAGGUGCAUGAUAAUGGUCCAUUCUAAAUCAAGAACAAAUUUCACACAUAUUAUAUGUAAAGACAAGAUUAAAUCAAGAAUGGUCUGAUGGGUGACAAUAUUAGCCUAUCACUUGUGAAUGAUAUAUUAUCACUUGUGAAUGAUGCCCAAAAGUACUCAAUGCUUAGCAGGACAGAAAAUGGUCCAAUUUGCACACUUAUCAAGAGAACAUCCCUUGUCAUCUCCCUCCCAAUUCCCUCUAUCAGAGCUUGAGCUCCUCUCAUUGGAUUUUACAAAAAAGUAUUCAAAUCUCUGAUAUAUCCUUUCAGUUCAAGACAUUCAAAGAAAUAGAAAAAUAAGGUAAAGACAUUAUAAAAUAAUAUCCGAUGUGAAACAUUAAACUACGAGAAUGCCUGAACUCUUGGUAGUGACCCAGCUAACAAAACAACGUUCCCUUAAGUCUCAUUAGGUAAUUACUUAAUGUUUUCAUAGGAAUGUUCCAGUGAUGUGCAAGGACUGUUUCCAAGAGACCAUUCCCUUAUUGUCAAACAGAACUUACCCAGAACGUGGUGACCAUGUUCUCAGAAUAUAAGAUAUUAAUGUUCUAGACAACUUUCAUGGGAACGUUGACAGUCUUUCUUGAGGAAGAAGUGUAAGGUUUGGACAGGGUAUUGGAAAUCGUGGAAAAGACCCUCCUAAAAAGGGAACACUUGCCAGGAGUUUUGGUCGAUGCUUAGGUGGACGGCUUAGGCCUAUUCUCUCUUAGUGGAUACAUAAAGGCAUCUACUUCAAUUACUACUAGACCUAGAACUCAGGGCGGUUGGUGGUUGUCAGGAAGCCGACAGGACAGGAAUGUUAUUUGAACAUGAAUACCCCUGAAGAGACCCUGAGAAUGAAUGAAAAUUAUAUUUUCUCUCCCCCAGAUAAUAAAGCUGUUUGAAAUCAGACCGGACCCCAGCAUAGGAGAGGUGAAAGCCCUCAUUCGCUUUGUCUUAGUAGCAGACAGACAUGUCAAUCUGCACUUCCUGGAGAGGACAGACAAAGAGGGGUGA